UGUGUGUAUAACUCAACAGUUGAAAUAACUUGUAUACCAAGAGUUGAGAUCCUUUGCAAAAUACAAAUAAUAAAGUAAUCCACAACUUUAAAUUAAAACCCAUUCAAUGGCAUCCCGACACGUCAUCCCCGUUACCCAUAUUAGAGCCAAAAGGCGAAGGCACCUCUACACCACACUCUUCAGAAGGGGAAACAAGAAGACAAAAACAUCUCUCUUCACAUGACUCGCACCUUCCGGUUCCUAGUCGGCGUCAACUCGUCGGUGACAACUCCAACCACCGCGAAUGCUACAGAAAACCUUACUAACUCCACCACGGUGCAACCCCCCGCCGUGGACUCCGACUUCGUGGUUAUCCUGGCCGCUAUCCUCUGCGCCCUAAUCUGUGUGCUUGGACUCAUAGCUGUCGCACGCUGCGCCUGGCUCCGUCGCAUCUCGUCUGCCGCCGGAAUGACCGGGAAUUCUUCUCAGCUGCCUCAUCCUUCGUCCAACAAGGGGCUUAAGAAGAAGAUCCUGCGGUCCUUACCUAAGACCACCUUCUCGGCGGAGUCUUCAACGAAAUUCCCCGACUGCGCGAUCUGCUUGGCGGAGUUCGUGGAAGGGGACGAGAUCCGUGUGCUGCCGCAGUGCGGCCACGCCUUCCACGUGUCCUGCAUCGACACUUGGCUGGGGUCUCACUCGUCUUGUCCUUCAUGCCGGAAGAUACUAGUGGUGACUCGUUGCCAGAAAUGUGGCGGCGUACCUGGUGCCAGCUCCGGUGCUGAAACGGAGGCCAGAAUGAAGGAGAGCGAAGAUGAUGGCAAUAGGUUCUUGCCUUAGCCUCUUAAGCUCUUGCUUGAUUUGAAUUUAAAAAAAUUAGUAUUUGAUAUUAGAUUAGGAUGUGUAACUAUUUAAGAGAUCGUUAGGAAAUUGAAAAAAUGUGUGUGUAAUUUGAUUUGGUGGAUGUGUAGAUUGUGUACAUGUUUGUAAUGUAAUUGCAUUGGAAGCUCUCUGUAAAAGCAACAUUCGCAUACAAGAAGAAAUGAAAAUUUACUACCUACCUCUGGA